CAUAAUUCACACAAUGUUUGUGACCUACCGAGCCUGAAAUCUCUAUGAACUUUGCAAUUUACUUUGCAGUUGUAUUUUACAGUUCCUUUAUAGCCAUAUCAGUCCAACGGACACAUACAAAAAACUAAAAGAAAAACCAGAAGAGGAAGUACCGAAAAUCUUAAAGAGUCUUGGUUACCCCUUCACCAUUCAUAAAACAUCAUUAUCCAAUGUUGGCUCACCUCACACAUGGCCAGUGCUCCUUGGUGCACUUCACUGGCUUAUGGAACUUGUCAAGUUGGCUCAAAAUGUUAAUGACACCAUAGACGAAUGUCUGUUUCCCAUGAAUGAUGAGGACAAGUUGUAUUUUGAUUACCUUGAGAAAGCGUACGAAGCGUUUAUUAACGGUCAAGACUUAGAUAAUCUGGAUGAGUACACAGAAGCACUAUAUGAAGAACUGAGAAACAAGAAUGCUCCACUUAUUGCUGAAAACGAAGAGCUGAGUCACGAAAACAAGCUACUGGAGGAAGAACUGGCAAGACUUGAAAGUGAACCGUCAAAGCUUGAAGCAUUAGUGGAACAAAAGCGAACACUAGAGCUCGACAAGACUAAAUUCGAGACCUACAUCACUGAUCUCGAGAAGCAUCGUCUCAAACUUGAGGAAAGAAAAAUUCAGAACAAAGAAAAAUUGAAUGAUCUCAAUCUGGAGUACACAGCAACAUCAAGAGAGAAAGAGCAGUUGGAGAAAGUGCUUGCAAAGCAAGAACUUAGUGCGGCUGAUGUGCAACGCAUGAAACAUAAAGCUGACGAGCAAAGGAGAAUUUUAGAAAAACUCGAUGAAAGAAGAGAUACGCUGGAUGAAAACAUAUGGGAGACCGAAAUUAAUCAUGCGCGCAGAUACGAGCAGGUUCUUGCAAAAAUUAAAGAUUACAACGAGAAAGGUCGUAAAUUAAAGUUGAUCCCGAGCUCAGCUGAAAACGCCUGUGGCAAUGAUUACGAGCUGCAGUUGAGCGGUGGUAGAUUGUCUUUGGAUGUUCGAGGUCAUUUAAUGCCCAAAUUGACGCGUUUCAAGCAGCAAAUUACGGAGGAAACGUUUCGCUACGACGCAGACACAUUGAAGCUUAAGGAAAAACUUGACUUGGUGCAGGAGCAAAUAAGCGAAAAGCAAUAUGAUAUACAAUUGUCGAAUGAUAAGACUGCCACCGUGGAAAAAGAAUUGGCCUGGAACAUACAGCAAUACGACGAAGAAUUAAAAAUUUUGUCCGACGGAAUUGAAGAUCAGCGUAAUCUGAUAGAUCGAUUGAGAUUGGAUAAUCAAACAGAAAUGUCGGGAAAACGAAAGAAACUCGAGGAUCCCAAAGAAAGGUAUUUUGAGGAGAAAGUAAUUAUGAGCAUGUUUCAUUUUGACUGUUACGGGAUUUCAUCAUGA